CGUAAAAGUGAGACUUUUUGUGACUUUGCUGUGUUUACAUUCAUUUUCAUAGCUGGAAAUCUGCGUGAAUAUCAGGCGUGACAGUGUACGUCAGAGUGGGAGGAUUGGAUCUGAUGUUCGGCCCAAUUUUUCCAGACUUCUCUGCAGGUUUUGACGCAAAAAGUGACAUAAAAACGACAUCAAAGAAAGAAGCACGAAACCCAAUUCACGUGUGAACAGCUUAGUGCUCUAACUUCAUUUGGGUGUUUGUAUAUUCCACACAGACGUCUGUGAUCUCAGAUCAUGUCGGAUUUUGCGCAUUUGCGCUAAGGUUUCCUAAGAUCCGCUCAGAUGGAGCGCAGGUUUCGGUUUCGCCUCCACAUUGAAACCAGAGGUCCCGCUUUCAGCCCAGAGUUGGAGGAGAAACUCUCAUUUCCAAGAGAAGCACUAAAAGGAACAGCGAGGAGCGUCUUUGAUGGGAUUUGCUGCCCGUGAAAAGCCGCAGGUCUUUUGAACGCAGCUGACAGUCAAUGGCAGUGUUAACCCCCACCCAUCCCACCCGAGCAGGCGGCCCCCACCCGCGCGCGCGCACACACAUGUGCGAGCAGCUGGGUGUAUAUAAACAGACCCCGGCGGUUGGGGGGUUUGCCACUCCUGGAAGUUGUCGGGACGCACGGAAGGAUGCCCGCGUCGCAGGUCGGAUUUGGAAACUUUUUCCUGGACAGGAGCAUCAACAUGCCGAGCGGAUAUCAGAUCCCGCUGCUGGGGGGGGCCCCGGGGGUCCAGAGUCCCGCCAUGGCAGCUGGGAUUCCCGUUCCGUUCUCUGGACUGCAGGGAUACAGCUUCAUCCCUUACGCGCACCACAGACACAUGACGCACAUGAAAAGCGGCUUCGAGCUGAAGGCCGCCUCUCCGUACCACCACGCUCUCCUGACGCACGCAGGCGCCUUCUAUCCUCCCUUCCGCGCGGGAGGCGCCGAGGAUCCCGCCCGGGUGGUCAAGGUGGCCACGCGGGAGAGCACCGGCGCCCUGAAGGCCUGGCUGAACGAGCACCUGAAGAACCCCUACCCGACCAAAGGCGAGAAGAUCAUGCUCGCCAUCAUCACCAAGAUGAGCCUGACGCAGGUCUCCACGUGGUUCGCCAACGCGCGCCGCCGCCUGAAGAAGGAGAACAGGGUCAGCUGGGCGUCCAAGGGCAAGUCGGACGAGGACGAGGAUGAGGAGCAGGAGGGGGAGAGCGACGAGGAGGAGAAAGCGGACCUGGAGGUGGGGCGCGACGCGGAGCCGCGGAGCGGCGCGGAGGAGGACGCGCCCGCGCGUUUGGAGACGCCGCGGCAGAGCGACGCCCGACAGACUGAGCUCGCCCGGAAGGGCGGCGAUCCUCUCCUCAGCAAGGAGGCGGAGGGGAGCAAAGGAGGCGCGGGGAGCCAGAAACCCAAGAUCUGGUCUCUAGCGGAAACCGCCACGUCAGAAACGGCGCGUAAAGGCGCGGAGUGCGCUCCUCACCCCGCCGGGAGGCUGUGGGCGGACUGGGCGUCACGGAGCGGACUGCUCCUUCCCUCCUAUUACAGCCAUCACCAGAUGGUCUGACCGGACCUGGAGCUCCGGACUGUUUUCUCCACGUUUUUGCACUUUAACAAACCCAAGAACCUCACGGAGUUCCUGAGACACCAAAGAUGGAGCGAGCUUUCUCUGUAAAUACUUGUAUUUUUCCAGCAGUCAAAUGUAAAUUAUGUUUUUCUUUGUUUCCAAAAACUAUUUUUAAUAAAAUAAACCUGCAGGGAAAGUGUGGUUUGGACUUUCUGAUGUGUGAAAGCAGGUUGUUGAUCCAUCACAGCAUGAUAAAUGCUGGUCAUUAAUCUGAAUGGAAACAAUUAAGAUACAUUGAAGUUUAAUUACAGUUUGGGUUUCAAAGUGUUUUCUUUGUUUCUGCCCACAAAGAGUCUAAAGACUCCAGAGAAAACUAAUUCAAGUUGGGCUGUUUUAAAUUGACAAUUCUUUUGAGGGAUUAUUGUUUCUCAAACUAGAUAACAAAAGAAACUCAGGGAAAACAAAACAUAAAUUCGGUUAAAAUGAAACCACGACAACCAAAUAAAUGUGUAAUGCUCUAAAAAGUGACCCAAAAAUAUGUCCCAGCAUGAAUAACCCAACAACAGGUAAAUAAAUAACUCAUGAAGUGUUUUGAGUCUAGCAACAUUUUAUUUAAAUAAAAAUUUUAGCUUAAAGUGAUAAUAAAAAGACUCACAAAACUUCAACCUAAACCAAAGUUUUUAACAGAUCAUUAAACUUAAAAAAAAAAAAAA